AUGGCCGAACUGUACCAGGAGAUCGACGACGAGGCCCAACGCCUCGCGCGCGGGUCGUCGCAGGCGCGUCAGUACUGGGACCGCAAGACGUAUUCGUCGUUCACGGAGCAAAAGUCCGCCAUGGCGCACUCGCAGACGCUCUACGUGGGCAAUCUGUCGUUCUUCACGUCCGAGGCGCAGCUCUACGAGUGGUUCAGCCGCGUGGGCCACGUCGACCGCGUGAUCGUCGGCCUCGACCGCUUCAAGAAGACGCCGUGCGGCUUUUGCUUUGUCGAGUUCAGCUGCCACGCCGAGGCCGCCGCGUGCGCGCAGUUCCUCAGUGAGACGAAACUCGACAGUCGCGUCGUGCGCUGCGAGUUGGACGGCGGCUUCCGCGAAGGCCGUCAGUUCGGUCGCGGGCUCUCGGGCGGUCAGGUGCGCGACGACCGGCGCGCGAAAGACGACUACGACGCGGGCCGCGGCGGCUUUGGGCGGGGCGACGACGCGACGGCCGACGGUCACCACUUUCGGCGGUCGGUGCAGGGGAAGCGGCUGCGGAAGGAGAGCGACGCGCUCGAGGGCGGACCGACGAGUCGCGCGCGACGAGAAGAGUCGCCGGCUCGGGCGAAGGGCUUUGACGACGACGAGGGGGCGACGAAGAAGGAGGAGGAGGAGAACCCGCGGUUUCGUCAUCGGGAAAACGAGGAUGGGGAUGGCGAUAGAGACGACAACGAGGAUGUGGUGGACGAGGGGGGGAAGGAGGAGGUGGAGGUGGAUGCGGGGGAGACGACGGAAGCGGCGUAG